AUGGCAAGAGAGAGAAAAACCAAGCACGGCCCAGCCGCCGGAGACCACGCUAAACAGCGUCAUAAACGGGAUCGCAAGGGCAAUCUCGUUGACUGGAGAGCGCCUCUUCCUCCUGGAAUCAACGCGUUACCAGAAAAGCCCUCCGUCAAGCUUAGACACACGACUUAUUAUGAAGUCGUCGACAACAAGGACAAGAAAAAGAAGCUUGAGAUGGAGUUUACGGAGCAGAUCGAGCCGCCUCCGGGAUUCGAGUUCGUACCAAUCGGGAAUCCUGCUCUGACCACAGCCUGCAAGGAGAUAUCACGCGACCAAGGAGCUAUGGUCUUCAUUGUUGUGGUAAACCGACCAGGCUUCUCCAAUCGCCUCAGCAAACACCUUAAUAGGGUCGGGUAUCACGUUCGGGAAAGCAUUGUUGAGCAAGCGCGCGCAUCUUUACGGCCCGAGCAGCUUCUGCCGCUGUCUUCGGCACCCGAUCAGCCGGAGCCGAUCCCAGAGGACCAGGAUGAGAUAUUUAAGCAGGCUGAUGCAGCCAUCAAGGACCUAUUCCCUCGUAUCCCCAAUUUUGAUCGAGAGGCAAUUCUUGACCAGUCUUUCAACAAGGUCACUGUGCUUGCACACAUUCGCCACAAUCACACCCGGUAUGACGAGCUGCUUCAGGAGACCAGCUACGUCAUUGCACGGAAAGCUGUCGAGAACCUUUGCUUGGAGACCUUGGCCAAGUGGCGUGGUGAUGAAGAGACAGGCCGGGACCAGCUUGACGAGAUCCUCCGCGAGGUUAUUGUCAUCUCAGACUCGGAAGAUGAAGAGUCAGAUGAGUCCGCGGAGUUUCAGGACGAAAACGAGGGUCAUGAAGAGUCCUCGGCUGCCACUUCUGCAGCAGAGCCUUUUGCAAGAAUUGCAGAUAGGGCGGAAGGGCCACGCAGAGUUCCCCCUCUCGCUGAAUCAUCUUCUGUGCUGUCUAUCACUGACAGAUCAAGGGCUGAUAAUGUACAUUCGAGUCAUGCUCCCCAGAAGGUUAUCAAGAGUUCCAACAGAGAAAAGGAGGGCGGAUGGGCACAACGCAACCUAGCUCAUCAAGCAAGACGUGAUCAGGUGUGGGUUAAAGCCUUGGAGAGGCAGCGGCGUAUGGAUCAGGGCUUGGCUGAUUCUGUGGGCUAUGUUCCCACAGAAAAGCUCAGCAGCCAGAGACCGCAGCUGUGGCGGACAGAACCAGGACAAGCCGAUUCGAGGACAGCGGCGGUUCGUACCCUGGCUCAGUUGCCUCCGCAGACGGAUAGUCUGCCGGUCCGAGCUUCGCGACCUGUAGAUGCAUACUACAGGAGAGAUGACCAUCCUGAAGAACUCCGUCAAGUUCCUCCCACUCAUUAUCGUAUUCCCCCGGAAGACUGCGUCCAAGAGAAUCAUUUCCCUUGUGUUCGCAAUUCCGUGGGACAGGAUUUUGUGCGGGUGAGUCAUCAAGGUCAGGAUUUGAAGGACUACCUUGUGCCCUCCAUUGAACUCCCUUCUCCGGAGUUUCCCACUGUUGAAGGUCGAGCUGCUCUUCCGAUCCGCGAGCGUGAACCCUAUCAUGUUCAGAGUCUUUGGGACUCUAGGCGUAUAGAAGAUCACCCUCAUGGCGGUACAGUCCCUCCUCGAGAGACGCAGAAGACCGCGAGCAUCUAUGCAGCCUUGGAAACUCAAGGGUUCAUUGAGCUCAAACCGCACUCAGAAACAAGUCAGACAGUGCAUCUUGGCUCUCGUCUUGACCAAAUUAGUCAGCGCAAUCCGGAACCGGUGAGCAAUGCCAGAGUUAGCAGUAGUGGGAGUGUCAGAACGAUGGACUCUAGGAACCCACGGGGCCGUUCUUACGUUGAGCCGUUGUAUCCCAGCGGUUCGGGGCUAGUCUACGGGCCUUCCUCUCACUCAACUUGGGCCAGGAAAGAUGGUGCGCUCCUAAGAUCGGAAGACUACGUAAUCGAUGCCGACAAUGAUCGCCUGAGGAGACCAGAUGUGAUUCCUGCCCAUGUCUCUUCUGAAAUUCACGGCCGUUCUACUGGAGGCGCGGACAAUCGUGGCGCCAUCCGGGUUGGCCCUUGUGAGAGGCAGCUCACUCAGCGGUUGGAUCAACAAUUUUUGGAUCUAGCCCGUAAUGGCUUCAUCCAGAUUGCCAAAAGCUCAGACCAGUUCCCCAAACAGCAUGACCAUCGUUCUGUGGAGCAAACACUCCCCGAGUAUGAGUCGCAUCCUGUUCUUAUCCAGCACAGAGCUCAAAGGGAGAACAGGUUCACACCAGAUAUCUACAGGCAUCCGUCCGUGCAUCUUCAGUGGGAGCCUGCAUGGUUUGUGGACCCUGGUAGACAGGGCAGGCAUCAUGGACAGGGGAGUGACCAUGCCUUUAGCCCUCUGCCGAAUGACUUCCAGCGUCAAGAGCGCGUGGUUGGGAUUGAAUAUGUGCAACAGCCAAGCAUUUCGACCCGAGCAUAUCCUCAACAUCAUACUGUUUUUGAUGUACAUGGAGAGCAGUACCCUCCACCUCCAAGGCCUCAUCCCUCGGGUCCUCAGCUGGCUGCUUCUCAUCAGCCCCAUUCUGAGCGUCCUGUUCCGAGGAAUCAUAAGAUCAUCGAGAUCGACUGA